AUGGCCUCUAUCCUUUCUUAUAAGAGGUGUGAAGAUGGCGAAGAGCAAAUGUUGCUGGCAGAGGAGAGGCCAGAUUUGAUUGAGUCUUUAGAUCCCAGAUGCAAUGAUAGCAAUAACAGCAGAAGUUGUUCCAGAAGCGCUAGUCUCCGAGAAGAGGAAAGAGAACGUCUGUGUAUCCAUGAGAGUCUGGAUUAUUUGAUUUCACACAGCAAAGUUUACAAGAAGUGGUUGCAGGGACAAACUUACAGAAUGGACUGGGAUCGAUGGUUGUUGAUGGGACUUAUUGGAAUUGUAGUAGGAACACUGGGUUUCCUCAUCCAUCAAAUAAUUGAUUAUCUCAUCAAACUGAAAUGGGAACUUGUGGAAAAUUAUAUUCAGUUCUUUUGUCCAACAGGUGCACCAAGUGGACUUCCAGAAGUCAUUGGAUUUUUAAAUGGUGCUUCUAUUCAACAUAUUUUUAAUAUCAAGACUUUUGGUGGGACAUUCGUCUCUUGUGUUCUAGCUGUAGCUUCUGGGCUCUUCUGUGGACCAGAAGGUCCCAUGAUUCACCUGGGUGCAAUUAUAGGAUAUGGAUUGAGCCAGUUCAAGUCUGAAAUCCUUGGAAUUCAUCUUCCUUCCUUCACCAGAUUUUGGAAUUCAGCUGACAAGAGGAAUUUCAUUACUGCUGGUGCAGGAGCAGGAAUUGCCUCUGUAUUCCAUGCUCCAGUGGGUGGACUUCUAUUUACACUGGAGGAAGUGGCCUCUUUCUGGGACAUUAAAUUGGCCUGGCAAACAUUCUUCUGCUGCAUGAUGGCUGCUUUCACCACAGAUUUACUCUCCUCUUCUCUCUGUGGGUUUGUCUACAGGGGGCAGUUUGGAUUUUUCAAAGCAGAGAAAAGGAUUUUAUUUUGGGUUAAGAAUUUACUGGAUAUGAGUGUGUUGGCCUUUGUUCCAGCCAUUUUCCUUGGAAUACUUGGGGGCCUUUUAGGAGCUCUCUUUGUUUUCCUGAAUAUCAAGAUUAAUAAAUUACGCAUGUGGUUCUUCAGCACUAUUCUAAAAACAUCCCUCAGAAAAACAUCCAAGCUGUUAGAAUCUGUGCUGGUUCUUGUUUUGACCAUUACUGCUACUGUCUACUUGCCUUAUUUUUUUCACUGUACACCAGUCAAGAUCCUUCCAAUGUUUGAUUUGACCAGUAAAUCAAAAAACAUAAGCCAGGUCAAGUGGCAAAUUUCAGAAUAUAAUUGUCCACCAGCAACAUUACAGAUUGGGCCAAAUUUAGUGAAAAAUUCAAAUCAAACAUUUAAUGAGGCUGCUGCCCUCUUGGCUGAGAAUGGCAUGCGAGGAAUCAUGUACCUGUUCAGACGUGGGACUCAUGAGGAAUUUGGCUAUGCCUCUCUUUUUACUGCAUUGGUAUUUUAUUUCUUGUUAUCCUGUUUGACAGCAGGGUCUGCUGUUGCCAGUGGUUUGGUUAUACCUAUGCUAUAUAUAGGAGCGUUAUAUGGCAGGAUAGUUGGCUUGAUCCUGGUUUCCAUUUUGGGGAUUCGGACUGAUGAGUAUGGUGCAUGGAUUGAUCCAGGCCUGUUUGCUGCAGUUGGAGCUGCUUCUUUUUUCAGUGGUGUUUCAAGAUUAACUAUUUCCCUCACAGUUAUAAUGGUAGAGAUUACAAACGAUGUGCAGUCCCUGUUACUCAUCAUGCUGGCUGUCAUGUUAGCCAAGAUGGUUGGCGACUGGUUUAACAUGUCUCUGUACAGUUCUUUACUCAAGCUGAAAUGCAUUCCCUACUUGGAUGCUGAGCCAUUCGUUUGUCAUAGGAAAAACUGGUUAAAUUUGGAAUUGUUUGCAGCCAGCGAUGUCAUGAAACCUAAUGUGAAAGUCCUCCACUUAAAGGAAAACAUUGCUUUCUUGGCCCAGCUCCUUGCCAACACCAGCCAUAGUGCAUUCCCUGUAGUCUACAAAUCUAAGCCGGAUCAGGCAGAGGUGUUCCUGGGAACAAUUACACGGCUUGAGCUCUGUGUGCUAUUGGAGAAUGAAGCCAUCUUUGAAACAGAGUCAGUGGAAGAUUCUCGUUCUCCUCCAACUAUUCUUUCUUACCAGAAGAUCAGAGCUGAAAAAUUGCUUGAUCAGCAAUGGAUGACCAUGUUGUUGGGUUGCUAUAGUACAGACCCUCGAUAUCAGCGACUCUUCAUCAAUCUGGAACCGUACGUAAACAAAUCAGCAGUGUCAGUUCAAGCUCAUUUCUCACUACAACGAACAUAUAUCAUCUUUCGGUCGCUGGGCCUUCGUCACCUGACAGUUGUUAAUUUUCAUAACCAAGUUGUUGGGAUAAUUACCAGGAAAGAUCUGAUGUCUUUCCAGCUGGAAGAGAAACUGGGGUUCCAGCAGACAUCGCAGCAGCCUCACUCUGACGAGGAGUCUUUAAACUAG